AGUCGGGCGCUCAGCGGGACUGCGGGUCCGGUGGAAUUCCGGCCGGACGUGGCGCACAGGAAGUUACGCAGGGGAGGCGGUACCUGGUUGUGGAGGGUGACGCCAUGGGUGGGGCGGAGCGUCUGGGAUGCGCUGGGAGCCUAGGAACCCCGACAGUUUUGCAGAACACUGAUAUCUAUGGACUCUAAAAUGGACUUCAUUUAAAGAAACCCACAGACCAUUAAUGGACAAAAACAUGAGUCAAUAUGUAUUGUGGCAUUCAAAUCCUAGCACUCUGGGAGAGCAUGAAGUACCACGUUUUUGAAGACCAUGGCCUAUCAUCAUUAUGCAUUCAAGAUUUGAGUUUGAAUAACCUCAUCAAGACUUAGAUCUUCUUCAGAAGCUUCAAGUCUCAUCUGCAUUAAAGCUCUCCAUUGAACCCUCUCACAAAAGUACAAGCUUAAAGGGGCUAAAAUCCAUUAAUACAUUCCAUUUUAUAUCCCUUCCUCUGACUUCUCUUCAAUUUCCUUGGCCUCUAGGGUCCUUCAUAUUGCUUACGUUCCUUUAGACUAGAGCCAAGGAGACAGUGCUUUCCAAAAAAAAAAAAAAAAAAGUGUUCUGUGGCCAUAAGUUUUCAUUGAUAGAGAAGCAUAAAUUUGGUGAAUUUAGAAUUAGGUCUUUUAUCAUAUCCUAUAAAAAGUUAACAGGCUGGUCACGGUGGCUCAUGCCUGUAAUCCCAGCACUUUGGGAGGCCAAGGCAGCUGGAUGCCCCGAGGUCAGGCAUUUGAGACCAGCCUGGCCAACAUGGCGAAACCCCAUCUCUACUAAAAAUACAAAAAUUAGCCAGGCAUGGUGGCAGGCGCCUGUAAUCCCAGCUACUCGAGAGACUGAGGCAGGAGAAUCACUUGAAACCAGGAGGCGGGGGCUGCAGUGAGCCAAGAUUGCGCCACUGCAUUCCAGCCUGGGUGACAGAGCAAGACUCCGUCUAAAAAAAAAAAAAAGUCGAAUUAACAAUAAGGAAAUGAGGAUGAAGCGGUAAAAAUGUUUUGGGUUACAUUAUACUCUCAGAAGCUAUGUUGUUUAGAGAAAAGGGUCCCCAACCACAAAAGUUAGUGGUUCUUAUUCUGUCUGCUUCGUACUAGGUAUAUGGUAACUGAGAAAGUCACUUAACCUCUCUGAACCUUAACUUCGUCAUCUAUAAAGUGAAUCUAACAUUUGCCCCCCGGCCUACCUCACAGGGUUGUUGUGAGGAUCAAAUGAAAUAAUGUACAUGAAAAGGCAUAUAUAAAAUGUAUAAUACAGACAAAGGGUCCUGUUACAUAGUUGGAAGUCAUUCCCUCAGAUUUUGGGCCUAGGAAGGUAGGUGAUUUAAACUCACUGAAAGCAUGUACCAUGUCCAGGUUGGAUACAUGGCAACAAGGCUAUGUUAAAUUUUUUUUCUCUGAGUUGAGUCCCUAAAAUACUAUCAUGGGCUAAUUCUAAGAAGGAGCACGAAUAUAUAUUCCCCUAAAAUUAUAGCUUAGCAUUGUUAAUGCUUUAGAGCAGUUAUGGGAGUUAUAGAUUAUAACAUAUUAGUGAUUUGUGAAACUUUUUUACUAAAAUGUGACCCUCAUUUUUCUUUACAUGAAAGAACAUAGAAUAUUUCACAAUGCAUCCCAUGUGGUAAGAAUAAAAAAUGGUUUUAGUUAUAUGUACAAAUGUGUGUGUGUGAACGUGUGUGUACUUGGUCAUUAAAUAAAAUGUACUUUUUUUUUUUCCUGUGAGUUGCACUUGCUGUUCUUUCUUUCUUUUCCUUUUCCUUUUUCUUUUUCUUUUUUUUGAGACAGAGUCUGGCUCUGUCACCCAGGCUGGAGUGUAGUGGCGCAAUCUUGGUUCACUGCAACCUCUGCCUCCUGGGUUCAAGCGAUUCUCCUGCCUCAGCCUCCCGAGUAGCUGGGACUACAGGCACUCGCCACUGCACCUGGUUGGCUAAUUUUUAUAUUUUUAGUAGAAAUGGGGUUUCGCCAUGUUGGCCAGGCUGGUCUCAAAUUCCUGACCUCAGGUGAUCUACCUGCCUCAGCCUCCCUGGGAUUACAGGCGUGAGCCACCAUGCCUGGCCUCUUUUUCUUUUUGAGACAGGGUCUCACUUUAUCACCCAGGCUGGAGUGCAAUGGCACAGGCUACAGCAGCGGCAUGAUCAUGGCUCACUUCAGCCUUGACCCACCAGGCUCAAGUGGUCCUCUCACCUCAGCCUCCCCAGGUAGCUGGGACUACAGGCACAUGCCACCACACCUGGCUAAUUUUUGUAUUUUUUGUAGAGAUGGGGUUUCAUCAUGUUACCCAGGCUGGUCUUGAACUCCUGAGCUCAAGCGAUCCACCCACCUUGGCCUCUCAAAGUGCUGGGAUUACAGACAUGAGCCACUGUGCCCGCCCAUCAGUUGCUGUUCUUGGAGUACCAUUUUGGCACUAAUGCCUUCCUACACAUUUGGAUUCCUAGGAGACUCAGCAUUUUUUUUCACUUUAUGCUACUACUCGUGACAAAGAAUUUAAUAUCAAUUUGACUUAUGGUGUAAUUGAAAUAUUUUUUAUUUUGUAGCACAGAGAAAGCCUAUAUGCCUUAUGGAUAUUUAAUAUUUUAAUAUCUAUUCUGAUAAUAGCAUUUAAAAGGUUGCUUCAACCUCUACUAGCAGAAGGAUUGUGUCAAAUAUUUUGCUUUUUAAUUUUUUUUUACUUGUAUCUUUCUGGCCUAAUGGCAAACAAAACCCUCCUUUUAGCAUUACUUGAGGACUAAGUAGAGAGAGGCUAUCGAGAAUGUAGUUAGCAUGACUGGGAAUUUGAUGGUCUCUGGAAAAGAAAAUGCCAUUUCUUUUCUUUCUCUGAGUAACUAGGUUUAUCUUUAGUUUAAUGAUUUAAGAUAAAUAAGUCACUGACAUUAACUUGUUCAACUGUUACUCCUAAAAAUAGAUAUCUCCCUCUUUGGUGAUAGCAUUGGUUAGGUUAGCAUAGGUGACUUUAUUAUAGUGUCCGUGAACAAUAGGGCAUGGUUGUGCUUUCCAAUUCAUUGAUGAAGAACUAAUUUUUUAGUGCUUUAGUGUACUGAAAUGCUGUCUUUAGUGCCCUGGAAUUACUUAUUUAAACUGUGAUAGAAGGUUGUACAAGGUAUUACUUUUCUCUGCUUAUAAAUUAUAUGAAUGUACAUAGUCCCAGCAAUAUGAAUAUUUAUCAGAAGAUGUAUAAUGUAGAAUCCAACUGCCUCAUUCUUCCUGAACAGCCAUGGCCAAACUUCUUGCAUUAAUGGAGACAGAAUGAAUUGCAAAGGUUGUAUAAAUCGAGGCUAUUAUGUUUAUGACAAUUGGCAGCUGUGGCAUAAAAGGCUCAUUACUAUAUGUAAUUGACAUUUUGUUGUUCCUUCUUCCUCCACUCCUUUGCCAAAAAAUGGCAUUGGUAUUACUACCUCUCCAUGUAGGAAGUAGGAUCUACCUAUGAGAAAGUUCAAUAGAGUAGUUAAGCAACUUCAGCUAUCCCUGACCUUCUUCCACAACCCUCAUGAAACUAAUCCAUUGCAAAAUUCUGUCUUUUCUACUUCCUAAAUAUCUUUCAAAUUAUUCACCUGUUUCCAUGUCCAUCCUUAUUUAUUUUAUCAUCUUCGCCUACAUUUUUGCAAUAACUCUUCAAUGGUUUUUUGUAUUUACUCCUCCCCCCUCUAAUCUCAUUGCUUUUAGACUGAUUUUUAAAAAUACAAUUCUAAUCUUUUUGGUCCUCUGAUCUAAACUCUUAUUAUCUUAUUGCCCUUAGAAUUCAGCCCCAAAUCUUCAAUCAUUCUUUGUCUACUAAGCUCAAGCCAUAAUGGUCUUCCAAUUCUCUGACAAUGCCAUUUUUUUUCUUCAGGGUAUUUGUUGUUGUUUUUGUUGUUGUUGUUGUUGUUGUUGUUUUUGAGACGGAGUUUUGCUCUGUCGCCCAGGCUGGAGUGCAGUGGUGCAAUCUUGGCUCACUGCAACCUCCGCCUCCCAGGUUCAAGCAGUUCUCUGCCUCUGCCUCCCAAGUAGCUGGGAUUAUAGGCACCCGCCACUAUGCCUGGCUAAUUUUUGUAUUUUUAGUAGAGAUGGGGUUUCACCAUGUGGGCCAGGCUGGUCUUGAACUCCUGACCUCGUGAUCCACCCACCUGGGCCUCCCAAAGUGCUGGGAUUACAGGCGUAAGCCACAGCGCCCAGCCUUCUUUAGGGCUUUUGCAGAGCAGAUACUUUCUGCUUGGAAUGCCCUCCUGUCUCCUGUUCCUCUUCACAUAACCCACUUCUACUCAUACUACCAGUCUCACUUUAAAUAUUAUUUUUUCCAAGAAGCCUUCCUCCAUAUCUCAGACUAGAUUAGACCUCCCUUCUCUAUCAUUCUGUCAUAAAUCACCCAUUUUUUCUCACAUCUAGCAUAGUUGUAAUUAUUUCUCAUAUAUAAUCAUUUAUUAAUAAUCAUACAAGACAACCUUCAGGAGGGCAAUGACUGGUGCAUGCUUUAUUACACUGUAUGCCCAGUGUUUAGGAAAUUGCCUAGCAAAUAGUAGGGAUUCAGUAAAUAUUUGUCAACCGAUUCUUCCCACAGCCACCACUCUUCACUUAGAUAUUUCAGUACUGUAAGUUCUGGGUUGUUUAACUUCCUCUGUUCAAAACCCUCCUCUUGACUGAGUGCAGUGCUCACGCCUGCAAUUCCAGCACUUUCGGAGGCCAAGGCAGGAGGAUUGCUUGAGGCCAGGAGUUCAAGACCAGCAACACAGUGAGACUCCAGUCUCUACAAAAUAAAAAUAAUUUAAAAAUGAGCCGGGCAUUGUGGCACACACCUGUAGUCCCAGCUACUCAGGAGGCUGAGGUGGAAGGAUUGCUGGAGUGCAGGAGGUCCAGGCUGCGGUGAGCCAUGAUUGUGCCACUGCACUCCAGCCUGGGUAACAGAGCAAGACCCUGUCUCAAACACACAAACCAAAACCCUUCAGUUGCUUCUCAUCUCACUCCAAGUAUGAGCCCAAGUCCUUAUAAUGGUCUCCAGGGCCUUACCUGAUAUGCCUCUGCUCUCUCCUUACCUCUCUACCAUCUAUUGGACUACCCAGCCCAGAUCUCUUAGCUGAUCCUUAGAAAUGCCAAGCUUCCUUCUGCCUCAGGACCUUUGUACUUGAUAUUCCCUGUGCCUGGAAUACCCUUGCCUUAGAUAUCUAUCUGGUUUAAUCUCUCAUCUUCUUUAGGCCCUUCAGGUUAUGUGACCUCAGUGAGGCCCUCUUUGACCAUCUUAUUUAAAAUUGUAACCUCACUACAUGGCAUCCCUAGUCUUCUCUGCUUUACUGUUCUCCAUUGUACUUAUCUCUGAUUGGCAUUCUCUUCACAGGUAUUUUCCCCAGUAUUGAGAACAGUGACUGACACAUGGUGGGCCCUUAGAAUUUAUUUAUUAGUUGAGUGAAUUUAACCUGUACUCACAGAGAUGCAUAUUUGGAACAAUGAGACCUGUAGCCCAAAUUAUGAGGACUUAAUAUUUCAAGAUGAUUUUGCAAGAUGAAUUAAUUAAAUUUAUUUAUAUCCUGCCUUGUUCUAAAAAAUAUUUUAAAAUGAGUAUAGUAUGUAGGAUGGGGACAUAAAGAGAAUAAGACAAAGCGAAUGUAAUAGUAUUAAAGUGGGUAAAGUUAAUGUACAGAAGGUCCUGCACAGUGGCUAAAGUCAUGUUAUAAAUUUGACUUACUAGAGAGUUAGCUUGCUCAGAAAUGAUUGAACUGGAAUCAAGAAUUUGUUCUCUGGCACAGGUCACAGAUAUUUGAGUCUUACAUAGAAACCCAGAAAACCUAUUUAACUAUAAGACAUUGUGCAGUUACUCUUCUAAAAAAAAACUUGCUUUCUGUAUUAGGAAAUUUCCUAUUGGCAUAAAAUGUACACAGUCUGUCCAUUACAAAGGCUCUGCUACAUUUGAGAGAUGGUAGUCACAGCUACUACCUCUGCUUAUAUCAUGUCCAGGACAUUCCCAAGGUUGAUUUAAACCUAGUAAUUGGAUAUUUUUGAAAGCUGUGAAAAAUACCAACCAGCACAUCAAUUACCCCAGUUUCUCCUCCUCUAAUCGUGAGGUAACAUGAGAGUCCAGUGGUUGUGGCUUCCUUCCUUUUGAGGUAGAUAAUUGGCAACUUAGAAAUAGGUUCUUGGCUGGGCACAGUGACUCACACCUGUAAUCCCAGCAUUUUGGGAGGACAAGGCAGGCAGAUCACCUGAGGUCAGGAGUUCGAGACCAGCCUGGCCAACAUGGUGAAACCCUGUCUCUACUAAUAAUACAAAAAUCAGCCAGGUGUGGUGGCACAUGCCUGUAAUCCCAGCUACUCAGGAGGCUGAGGUGGGAGAAUCUCUUGAACCCAGGAGGCGGAGGUUGCAAUGAACUGAGACCGUGCCACUGCACUUCAGUCUGGGCAACACAGUGAGACUCUGUCUCAAAAAAAAAAAAAAAAAAAAGAAAAAAGAAAAGAAAAGAAAAGAAAAAGAAAUAGGUUCUUAUGUAGUCACAACUAAACAGGGUAGGAAGAUUGGGAGUUAGAUGAAUUAGACUUCAAGAAAUUUUUCACCAAUACAGUAACCAAAAUAAGAGCUACUCUCUGUCUCUCUGUGUGCAUACAAUUAAUAGAUAUUAUACAGUACAUGUCUUUCUGUUCAUGAUAUGUAUAGUUUCCUAAUUCUGUCUUUUCUUUUUUGUCAUUUAAAACUGAGUCUGAGAAUUAUUGCCAUGUCUGCAGGCCAGAGAUAAAGCAGGGAACGUGGCGACGGACUACAGGCCUUUCAGUAAACUCUGCAGUACCUCACUAAACAAAGCUGGUAUUUUUGAGGCAAAAGAUAAGAAUAUUUAGCUAAAUGGUGUUCCACUUGCAAAAUGUGCUAGUUCUUGUUUGAUUUUUUUCUUCUUUCUUAGAAAGCUUUCUCUUUUCUAUCUUUUACUUAGAGAUAAAUAUUACAUUUGAAGUCACAUCUGUCCCACACCAUUUUUUUCAGGGUUGAAAGAGGAAAACUAAAUGAACCAUAGACUUAGGGAAAUAAUGGAAAUAUGUAUGUUUUAAAAAAACCAUUUAUGUUCCAUGUAUUUCAAGGAAAGGAAAUGAGGAGAAACAUUAAGAACACCACAGAACCAUUAAAAUGGACAACUCAAAGGGAAAGUAUUUUACCAAAAGCAUUAUGUAUAACAUGUUGCUGAUUAAAUUUGUGUUGUUAUAUUUAAUGUGUAAGUAUACAUUAUCCUAACUAAUUUAAAAUAUGUUUAUUGAAUUUGCUUUACAUAUUUUAUUUAUUUGAUGGAACUUUAUGUUCAUUUUUUAAGAAGUCAAGUAUCUCCUCGUUUUGGCAUUUGAUGAGUAACAGGAGAAAACCUGAGAAGAGACAAAAGUAAUGCAAAGGUCACCGUAUCUUCCAGCAUAAGUGAUGUAGAAACAGAAAGAUCUUAUUUUCAGUCAAAGUGGUGAAGUGGCAGAAAGAAAAUAUCCCCCAACUGGUUUGCUGACACUAAUUUUGCCAUAUAGUGAGGACAAAAAAAAUAUGUCUAGGCGUUUAACUCAUUAUCUCCUAAACUAUGGUACACAGAAUGUCUGACACAACUGCAAGAGAUUUUGUAAGCCAAAAGAGUUCUGUAAUGACAUGUUUGGAAAAUGUUGCAGUCUUUUUUGAAAGUUUAUAAUGUAUCUUAACACGUUCCAAACGUGUAAUCACAAUUCUUUUUCGCUCAUAAAAUCUAUUAAUAACCCUUGGAAUCAUCUUUCAGGAAAUGCUGAAAAUUUUGCUUCUGUUUAGGAUGUAGAAUGUUGCAAGAGAACAUUGUUCCCAUCCUAACAAUGAGAAAAAUCUUGAUAAUCCACAAAGUCAUGAUGCUUCUUGAGCUCAUCAGAGAGUUGAGGUCACAAGGCAAUCAGAUGAACUGAAAUUCCAAAGAGAGGCAAGCCCUUUUGAAGAGAGACAGGACACAGAAACUGUGUUACCUUUGGCAGAGCAUAGGAGGAAGAGAAGGCACCGUAAAGGUUUUGGAGCCCUCUCUUAAGUCAGAACUCUGUCCCAAAAAUCUUCUGAGUGUCAUCUCAGGACUUUGGUUAUACUCAUGGCACGAUGGCCAACUUUCAGGAGCACCUGAGCUGCUCCUCUUCUCCACACUUACCCUUCAGUGAAAGCAAAACCUUCAAUGGACUACAAGAUGAGCUCACAGCUAUGGGGAACCACCCUUCCCCCAAGCUCCUCGAGGACCAGCAGGAAAAGGGGAUGGUACGAACAGAGCUAAUCGAGAGUGUGCACAGCCCCGUCACCACAACAGUGUUGACGAGCGUAAGUGAGGAUUCCAGGGACCAGUUUGAGAACAGCGUUCUUCAGCUAAGGGAACACGAUGAAUCAGAGAUGGCGGUGUCUCAGGGGAACAGCAACAUGGUGGACGGAGAGAGCACAAGCGGAACUGAAGACAUAAAGAUUCAGUUCAGCAGGUCAGGCAGUGGCAGUGGUGGGUUUCUUGAAGGACUAUUUGGAUGCUUAAGGCCUGUAUGGAAUAUCAUUGGGAAGGCAUAUUCCACUGAUUACAAAUUGCAGCAGCAAGAUACUUGGGAAGUGCCAUUUGAGGAGAUCUCAGAGCUGCAGUGGCUGGGUAGUGGAGCCCAAGGAGCGGUCUUCUUGGGCAAGUUCCGGGCGGAAGAGGUGGCCAUCAAGAAAGUGAGAGAACAGAAUGAGACGGAUAUCAAGCAUUUGAGGAAGUUGAAGCACCCUAACAUCAUCGCAUUCAAGGGUGUUUGUACUCAGGCCCCAUGUUAUUGUAUUAUCAUGGAAUACUGUGCCCAUGGACAACUCUACGAGGUCUUGCGAGCUGGCAGGAAGAUCACACCUCGAUUGCUAGUAGACUGGUCCACAGGAAUUGCAAGUGGAAUGAAUUAUUUGCACCUCCAUAAAAUUAUUCAUCGUGAUCUCAAAUCACCUAAUGUUUUAGUGACCCACACAGAUGCGGUAAAAAUUUCAGAUUUUGGUACAUCUAAGGAACUCAGUGACAAAAGUACCAAGAUGUCAUUUGCUGGCACAGUCGCAUGGAUGGCACCAGAGGUGAUACGGAAUGAACCUGUCUCUGAAAAAGUUGAUAUAUGGUCUUUUGGAGUGGUGCUUUGGGAGCUGCUGACAGGAGAGAUCCCUUACAAAGAUGUAGAUUCUUCAGCCAUUAUCUGGGGUGUUGGAAGCAACAGCCUCCACCUUCCAGUUCCUUCCACUUGCCCUGAUGGAUUCAAAAUCCUUAUGAAACAGACGUGGCAGAGUAAACCUCGAAACCGACCUUCUUUUCGGCAGACACUCAUGCAUUUAGACAUUGCCUCUGCAGAUGUACUUGCCACCCCACAAGAAACUUACUUCAAGUCUCAGGCUGAAUGGAGAGAAGAAGUGAAAAAACAUUUUGAGAAGAUCAAAAGUGAAGGAACUUGUAUACACCGGUUAGAUGAAGAACUGAUUCGAAGGCGCAGAGAAGAGCUCAGGCAUGCGCUGGAUAUUCGUGAACACUAUGAGCGGAAGCUUGAGCGGGCGAAUAAUUUAUACAUGGAAUUGAGUGCCAUCAUGCUGCAGCUAGAAAUGCGGGAGAAGGAGCUCAUUAAGCGUGAGCAAGCAGUGGAAAAGAAGUAUCCUGGGACCUACAAACGACACCCUGUUCGUCCAAUCAUCCAUCCCAAUGCCAUGGAGAAACUCAUGAAAAGGAAAGGAGUGCCUCACAAAUCUGGGAUGCAGACCAAACGGCCAGACUUGUUGAGAUCAGAAGGGAUCCCCGCCACAGAAGUGGCUCCCGCUGCAUCCCCUUUGUCCGGAAGUCCCAAAAUGUCCACCUCUUGCAGCAAGAGCCGAUAUCGAAGCAAACCACGCCACCGCCGAGGGAAUAGCAGAGGCAGCCAUAGUGACUUUGCCGCAAUCUUGAAAAACCAGCCAGCCCAGGAAAAUUCACCCCAUCCCACUUACUUGCACCAAGCUCAAUCCCAAUACCCUUCUCUUCAUCACCAUAAUUCUCUGCAGCAGCAAUACCAGCAGCCCCCUCCUGCCAUGUCCCAGAGUCACCAUCCCAGACUCAAUAUGCACGGACAGGACAUUGCAACCUGCGCCAACAACCUGAGGUAUUUUGGCCCAGCAGCAGCCCUGCGGAGCCCACUCAGCAACCAUGCUCACAGACAGCUGCCCGGCUCGAGCCCUGACCUCAUCUCCACAGCCAUGGCUGCAGACUGCUGGAGAAGUUCUGAGCCUGACAAGGGCCAAGCUGGUCCCUGGGGCUGUUGCCAGGCUGACCCUUAUGACCCCUGCCUUCAGUGCAGGCCAGAACAGUAUGGGUCCUUAGACAUACCCUCUGCUGAGCCAGUGGGGAGGAGCCCUGACCUUUCCAAGUCACCAGCACAUAAUCCUCUCUUGGAAAACGCCCAGAGUUCUGAGAAAACGGAAGAAAAUGAAUUCAGCGGCUGUAGGUCUGAGUCAUCCCUCGGCACCUCUCAUCUCGUCACCCCUCCAGCGCUACCUCGAAAAACAAGGCCUCUGCAGAAGAGUGGAGAUGACUCCUCAGAAGAGGAAGAAGGGGAAGUAGAUAGUGAAGUUGAAUUUCCACGAAGACAGAGGCCCCAUCGCUGUAUCAGCAGCUGCCAGUCAUAUUCAACCUUUAGCUCUGAGAAUUUCUCUGUGUCCGAUGGAGAAGAGGGAAAUACCAGUGACCACUCAAACAGUCCCGAUGAGUUAGCUGAUAAACUUGAAGACCGCUUGGCAGAGAAGCUAGACGACCUGCUGUCCCAGACGCCAGAGAUUCCCAUUGACAUAUCCUCACACUCGGAUGGGCUGUCUGACAAGGAGUGUGCCGUGCGCCGUGUGAAGACUCAGAUGUCUCUGGGCAAGCUGUGUGUGGAGGAACGUGGCUAUGAGAACCCCAUGCAGUUUGAAGAAUCGGACUGUGACUCUUCAGAUGGGGAGUGUUCUGAUGCCACAGUUAGGACCAAUAAACACUACAGCUCUGCUACCUGGUAAUGAAGGAAUACACAUCCUGAAGAUCUCGUGACUAUACUGGCAUUUCAGAUCCACCCCACCCCCAGACUCAUCCCACUCUCUCCCAGCAUUUUGUCUGGGAAGAGAGACUACCCCAUCUUUACCACCCCCUAGAAAUGAGCUGCAAUAACAGGAACAUGAGACUUUGCAAAUCUCUGGAAAAUAAUAUCCAAAUGAAAUUAAGUCUCACUGAACAUUUCAAUCAAGAAUGGCAGGGAUCUAUUUUAUUGAAUAUUCUAGCUACUGUAACAUCGAUAUUUAUUUUUGUUUGACAUUUUAACACUUUGUACUGCAAAGAGUGAACUAUAUAUGAGAUAGAGACAAUAACUUCUUGC